AUGUCUAGCGUUACAACUACAUCCGCAUUGGUAAUAACUCUUGAAAACUCGUUGGACUAUCUAAUAGACCAAUGUUGGAGCAAGUGUAUCGGAAACAAAGAAAAGAUAAUACUAGGGCAAAUCCCUGUUCUUAUCAAUGAGAUACAAACUAUAUUGAAAAUUGAUUCAUUAUUUACGUCAACAGAAGUUAAAUACAUUGGCCAGUUUCUUGAUGAAUACUCGGAUUGGAAGUUUAACAAAUCAGAGGUGAAAAAGUUCAUUGUCAGUCUGAUUAGCGCCGAAUCGUUUGCUAAUUUAUUACGAGAUAGAUUUGGUCUAACAAAUGAAGUUGUUAGAAGGAGAAUAAAAGAUUCAAGACCAUCCGAUACUACUGAUUCGUUUCGAAUUUGGAGGAAUUCUCAAAACACAGCCGAACUGAAAGCGAAAGUGAUUAAAGAUGAGGAAAUUGAAAAGUUAAGGAAAGAAAUUGCAAUGUUGAAACAAAGUAAUGAAGAAAAAGAAAUCAGGUUGAAGAUAUCAGAGAGGGAGAUUAAUGGGUUAAAUACUCGACUUGCUGAUUUAAGCACCAUUUAUAAGAACCGAGGAAAUGAUGAAAAGUCGUUGGCUGCCCAAUUGGCUGAGAAAAAUGCUGCCUUAGUUGAACUGACCCGAUUAUGUAAAAAGUACAAGGAAGCUUGUGUUGAAUAUAAGCAACGGGAGAAGGAAACUGAAUUGGCUCUAAAGACAUUGGAAAGGGAGGUUGCCAAACAAAAUGAAAUGAUAGAGUUUUUGCAAAAUCGACUACCACUUGGACAAGAUUCUGGCUCAGUUAAACAGUUGCUUGUGAAUUUACCCAUUGUCAAGCAAGGUUACUUUUUUUUGAAAUACAAACACGAUUUAAAGGAUAAGCGAGUGUUGAUGGUGUCGAUUAUAAGUACCAUUUGUUUCUUUUUACUUUUGCUUAAUGGACUCCAGUUGAUAUACAUGAUAGUUUCAGUAAUACUUGCAUCACUCGGUAAAGACUCAGGGAUCGUUUACGACAACGAUAGAAUACGAUCACCAGGAGUAAUAGACUUAAUAAGCACUGUACCAUCUAUAGAAAAAUUCAUCUACGACUAUAUAGAUUGGUGA